AUGGAUAGAAGUCUGGAAACUAGAAGUGAUGAUAAAGACACAAGCAAAGAUGGCCAUGAUAUUAUGGACUCUUUCCCGAUAGCCUUGAACAGGACAAGUAGUGGGAGCCAGGCGGAUAUCGAGCAACUCUGUGCUAAUGGGAUUUCCGAAUUAUUCCUCUUGAACAAGGCCAGCUCUAAACCGCCGGUAAUGCUAAUGAAUGUUUCGUAUGUCUUGGCCCAGAAGAUCGAGAACCAAGUGUCAAAUGGCCAGGCAUAUCGGCACGCGAGAGACACAUCGUUGCUGCAGAUCGACAGGGCACUCAGGAAGAAUGAGAUCCUUGGAGACUGGGUUCUGGAACGUUUACGAAAUAUGGCGAAGCUCAAGGGAGACCGAAAACCAACCCCCGAGGAAAAUAAGGUCGUUCAAGGCAUGCGGCAAGAGAUUGAACAGCUGGACAAAGAGAAAGCGACGUUUGAGGCAGAGAGAUCAAGAUUGGUACGGAAUAUCGAACUUGCUCGUGAAGCCUGGGAACAGGCCGCGUUACCAGUGGAGGAUAUUUUCCAGGAUGUCUUUGCGCAAUGCGGACUGAUAGACGAGCUCUCGUCUGUAAAGGACCAGCGUGACAGCAGAGGCGCCUUUGAAGGACAACUAGAGAACACCAGAGCCUACAUCAGAUUAGAGGAGAAGAGAGCACGUCGGGAGCUGCGUGAAGCUCAAAGACGGCACGAGCAGCAUCGCGAUGCCUUUCGAAGAGGACUUGCGGCAUACGUUGCUGGCGCCGUCGAUCGACCAGAUGCAUCAAAGCACCUUUUGGAGGAAGAGUUCAGCCGUGAUCACGUUCGGACGUGUUAUGAGCUUGCCGGACUAGUAAAACGUGCAGAAGAGACACAUGAAGCUAAGAUCGCAGCAGCAGCAGAGGCGAAUGUCUCCAUCGUAGGCCCAGAUGAUGACAUGAGUCUCAACAUGCCAUACGACCUUAAGGAGUAUGCAACAGUUAAGAUAAAGAGCCUUGAUCAUGAUGCCAUCGAGGCUUGGAAAAAAGGCAUCGAUGCUGAUGCUAAGCCCAACUUGAAGCCUGCAGGAUAUGUGCUGCACAUGGCAGAAAAAUGGAAGCGGGCGCUGGAAGCUGAUGACGACGUUUCGAGCUCGGCAGACGACUCGGUGUGGAAUGAUGGUAUUGAGGACUGUCAAGAUCCAUUAACAGUACACGAGUCUAUAGUACAGCCGGUGUCGCGAAAGUCGGAGAAAGCAGAGCAGUGGCUCAGCGUCAGCGAACGCGCGGUAGGGGAUAGACGGCGGCAGAUCGAGACUCGGAUGCAAGAGAUAAGACCCGUCGAGUCAUGA